AUGGAGCGGCAACAUCAGGACGAGCAACAGCAAGAGUCGGAGGAGAUGGAUGGGAAGGAAAGCAACAAUGGAGACUUAUCGAUGCCCUGCGACCAGCCACUGCUGUCCGGCAUGGAUACAGAGAAUGGCACAGCUGCCGUCGGCACCGAGAUUACCACAACAUUGGUGAACGAGAAAGACAUGGUACUAAAGGGUGGAGUGACUCAGCAUCUAGAGCACUUGUGGCAGCAACAGCAGCACCUUCGCCAACAGGCACAUGGUCAAGACUGGCAACAGAAAUCAGAGACGGAUGCAGGAAAAGCCACAACUGAAGAAUCAAAAGACAACGAGACCAAGUUAAAGAGUGGAGUGACCCAACAUCUGGAGGAUCUAUGGCAACAGCAACAGCAACAGCAACAGCAGCAGCAGCAGCAGCGAGAGCAAGGUACAGAAGCUGCCACCCCCGCCGACGCUCAACACCUGGAGUAUGCGGGGCAGAAACACCAACAGCAACGCGAGCAAGCAGGAGACCAAGUACAGGACAUCUACAGCACAGCCCAAGGUCAAGCGCCACCGAAUCCACCAGAAUUAGUCUUUCAGACUGACGCUUCUGCCGUUCCUUCUACCGCCAAUUUUCCGGACAACCCGCCCACCGAAAGCAGCCCCAUGCCAAGCGGUCUCCGCGAGUCAGAAGAUGCCCUCCUGCAACUGUGCAAACUGCAAGAGGUACAACUUUGUACCGGAAUAUCAACGGGAGACAUCCGGCCACAAGGCGUUACCACUGCUAAGAUUGACUCGGCUACCGGGGCAAGGAGUAUGCCUACUCAACCUUUGCCGGAAACAACAACCGCAAGCACCUCGAAUGCGGGAGUAGUCGAAGAACCAAGGCCGGGUGCUUAUCCUGUGAGAGGCAUUGGAGCAUCCGAGAACGACGAUUCGGUGCUAAUGACGUAUGUGUCUGCGGCGAUGGAGAUGGAACAAGAGCCCCGUAUCUUGUCCGCCGAAGAAGAGUUCCGUUUGUCCGCCGAAUUGGUGAUCGAAGACGAUGAUGACGAUGACGAAGAGUAUCAUAUUGGUAGUUUUGCUCGAGAUCCGUCGAAUCGAAGUCUUCGUUCUUCCCGUCGUCAUAGCUCCACUCACAGACAACGUUCGACGCGGAGUUUGCAAGACCUCGAAGAAGCAUUGGAUGUCCAUCCCCUGUCAGAUUCCAAAGUGCCCAGGGAAGUUUCCGAGAUGGAAACGAAUGCAAAGUCAAGGAUGCUGGGAUGGAUUGUCAUGUUGGUGGUUUUCAUUGUAGCCCUGGCGUUGACUGUGGGAUUAGCAGUUGGCCUGGCCGGUCGCACCAAUGUAGAGGAGACAUUCACACCUCCUCCUACAAGCGAAUACACAGGCAGCCCAAGCACCACUCCCAAGGAUGGUUUCAUUGUGUAUCCUCCCUUUGACGAGCAAGAUGUGGAAGUAGGGGUGCUCCGAGCAAUCAGAGAAGAUCACGAUAGUCCUCAUUACAAGGCUAACCGUUGGAUGCUAAAUGACCCUUACCUGGAUACAUAUCUACACUGGCGAAAGUUACAAAGAUUUGCAUUGGCUAUCCGGUAUUAUGCCUUUGGUGGGGACAACUGGUUCCGAAAUGAUCACUGGCUCAGCUAUGAUAUUGAUGAGUGUGAAUGGUUCUCCAAGCAUCCAGAGGAUGCUGAGUACCCCGUCUGCGAUGACAAUGGACAUUACCUGGUGAUCAACUUGACCAAAAACAAUCUUCAUGGCAUUGGAACCCGAGGCUUCUGGAUUAAGACUGUUCGUGUGUUGGAUAUAUCCCACAACCGACUGUAUGGGCCACAUCCCCCCACGCAGGGAGGUGGAGAUAUGGAAGUUUACGUUCUAUCCAACAAUAGCAUUUCUGGCAUGCUGACUUCAGAGGCAGGAUUUGGCGCUCUCAUGCUGCGGGUUGUCAAGUUUGACAGCAAUUUGUUUGAAGGAAACUUCCAAUUUCCCAGCUAUAUUGCUCCUCGUUUGGAGGUUCUCAACGCCACUGGCAACCGGUUUGGCCCCAUCCUUAGUCCCACACUGGGAGGCGUAGUGACUCUGCAGUACUUGGGUAUGGGGCACAAUGCAUUUGGAUCUACUAUUCCAACAGAGCUUGGUCUUCUUACAGGUUUGGAAGAGCUGGAUCUGUCCGGCAAUCCUGUGAAGGGAACCAUUCCAGAAAGUCUACAAUCCAUGGUUAAGUUGGUGCAAUUUGAUGUAUCUGAGACACGGAUAUCAGGCGAAGUCCCGGCGAGUUUUUGCCUUGGCGACACAGUUGUAGUAGCCAACUGUAGCAACCUAGACUGUUGCUGA